CGGGGCGGCCCGGCGCGGCCCGCACAGGCCGGUUUCUCUCAUGGCGGUGAGCCGGGCGCUCGGGCUCCGUCUGGCCUACGCGGCGGCAGGCGCCCUCAUGGGCCUCUCGGCCUUCCUCGCCUGGAGCCUGGCGCCGGCCUUCCGCCAGCCCGCCACGGCUGCCGCGGGGGGGGUCUCCGGCAGACAGCAAACAACACAGCUCCAGCAACCUGAUGGACAGCAUAGGUGUUCUGGCGCUCUGGGCCCUAAUCACGCAUGUGAUGUAUGUGCAGGAUUACUGGAGGACCUGGUUAAAAGGGCUGAGGUUCUUCCUCUUCAUUGGGAUCCUCUUCUCUGCUCUCUCCGUGGUGGGAUUUUGCACAUUCCUUGUUCUGGCCAUCACCAAGCACCAGUCCCUGACUGACCCCAGCAGCUACUACCUGUCGUGUAUCUGGAGUUUCAUCUCCCUGAAAUGGGCCUUCCUGCUCAGCUUAUACUCACACCGGUACAGGAAUGAGUUUGCAGACAUCAGCAUCCUCAGUGACUUCUGAAGCUUGGACUUAAUCCUGUCGGAAGCUCCUAAUGUUUGACUGGGCUUUUGGAUGCCCUGCACUGGAAGGAGGCUGCGAAGAGGCAGAGAGCAGGAGCCAGUCCAGCUCCGCAUGACUUGUCUGUCUGCAGUAGGGGUUUUUCUUAAUUGCUUUUAUUCAACCACUUAAUUUGGCUAAUUAUGUCAAUCUAGUGUUUUUGUUACCCUCCGGGGAGUCCGUGUGUCUGGCAGUGAGUCAAGUUCCAUGCACUCACAUGCAGCAGGCCUCAAUUUGCUAUCUGCAUUGCUCUGCUGUUAUCGUAGACCAGUGACUUUCAAACAGGAAAGUUGAAGAUUAGCCUGUGGAUGCAGCACCUGGUUAAGAAUUGGGCAUCCUUCUCUUAGCCAAUGACUCAUCAGCCUGCUGUGGGGGUGCCCGGGGUUGCUUAGCAGAGGACUAUGCCCUGUGAAGGGAGGUCUUUAUUCUCACAGGGCAGUUUGAGCAAGGGGGGGGGGCCAUAUUGUUUCCCAGCACUGGGGAGGACAAACCCGUUGAUACCUCCACACCAGCCCCCAAUUCUUCAGCAUUUCCUUGUGCUUCUUCCUGUAAACAGUUGGGCUAAGAAUAAGGCAUGGUGCUGGCUCCACCCUGCUGUUUAGAGCACAUGCAUCCCCUUGUGCAGGAAAGAAACAAGAAGUCAGCAAUGCAGUGUCAGCUGUCUCAAACGGAGGUCACUGAUGGGGAAUCCAGUGCUGGAGAGAAUCAACGCUACCCCAGCAUUGCACCACGUUACUUUGUACUGCCUGUUAACCCAGGAUCAUUCUCAAAGAAAACCAUUUUGUUACAACACUUAAGAGUGAGAGAUGUAGCAAGUGGCAUCUGACGUUUGGGUAGUGGGUUCACUGGGCAAGGGGCUGGGCUGUUUGAGUCUCAGAAGGGUUCUGAAUGUGUGAUUCAUUGUUUUAAAGCAGUCUGUACCUUAAUGGUCGUGAAGCAUUUGGAGGGCAUUGUGUGUGCUUCUGUUCCUGUAAUGAUUCUUGUUCUGUUUCACUCUAAACCUAAAGCUGACCUACCACUAUGGAUCAUUAGUGCUGAGUGGCUCCAACUAGCAUAGGGGGAGAAAAGCUAGAGCUCAGCACAUGUGUGCGUCCUGCAAAGGCCAGUCCAGCUGUAGAUGGCUGGCUGCCGCUCAGUGGAGGUGGCUUCUUCCUGCUGGAACCUGGUGUAGGGUACAUAAGUCACUUGCAGUUUGCCUGGGUUGCUGAAGUUCUACAAAUGUAUGCUCUUGAGCGUAAGAUGGGCCCCCACUCACCUACGGCCAGAUGAAAUUGCUGUGGCAAAUGGGUUACAGGACCACAGCAGAGGAGCCCAGGUGACGAAGCUACCCGGCUCUUCUCCAAGUUUGAAAAAUGCAUAGGAAUAUACCCAAUAUGCAGCUUCAGCAGAUCUGCAUCACAAGUGUCACCAGCAUAAUGCACUGAAUCGGUGCCCCAUGGUAGGUCUGAACUUCAUGGGACCUGCUAUGGGAGAAGUCACACUGAGUGCUCCUCCCCCUCUGCUAAGGGGAGACCCUAGCACUGGGAUUUUGCAGUGUUGUCAGCUUCUCCCUCAUACAUUGAUCACUUUUACCCUUGUGUUUGGUCCUUGUUAAUAUUCACCCUGGGAAGCUUCAAACUGCAGGCUGUUGCUUUUUCUUUCAGUUGCUCAUGCAUAUCGUUCAGUUUUUUGGGAUGAUUUGCUGGAGGUGUCUCAUCAGCAUUGGGCAGUUGGCAUUUCCUUUUUAAUAAAUUAAAAUAGCAGUUGUGUGUGAUUGUUUCUUUUGUGCAGUGGGUGGGGACAGAGGCACGAGGAACUCCAAGGCCUGGCAGAUUGAGAGGUGUGAGGGAAUUGGGCUGAUGGAACUUGACUGCUCCAAUGCAUGUGCAUGGUCACAGGUCCAGUUGUAAAGUCACUUCUGUAUAUAUACUACUGAAAAAGUCUCCUAAAACAUAGUGUCAAAGCGAUCUCCUAGGCAAUCUACAGAAUGUAAAGCACAGAGGAAACUGCAUAGGGUGCAGUGACUAGGCUGUGAAAUAGGUGUGCUGGGGCCUUACCUGUUUGUGUUGUCAGGCCAGCUGUGUCAAGCAGGGUGGGUUCUUUGUGCUGAUGUCUGUGCAGUUGUCCACUGGGGAGCAGCUUGCAGUGUCCAAAGUAGUGUGUAUCUCUAGCUACAUUCUCUCACCUUUACACACCUAACUCAGCUGAAUUUUCUGGAAAGUUUUAGUGCCUCCCCAUCCACACCCCACGCUGUCCUGUGCUUGGUUUGGAAAAUCAGUUGUUCGAGCACAUGGCUGGGUUUGUUAAUUAUUUUUUUUAAAGGGAUUUUCAGUCUUUGAGAUUCAUUAAAUAUAAACUUCCUUCUGUUUGUGGGGCAGAGACCCUGACAAUUGAUGUCAACCCCAGAGCAACUUCCAGGGAAAAGCAAGGAGUGAAGGCUCAAACUGCAGCCAACACCUCCCAGGGCAGCAAAUGCUCGUGAGACAGGGCCACUAGAAAUCCUCAGAGCCCUGCAGGAAUCUCCAGUGCUGAGCAGGGGUUGCAGCUCUGAAAUACUCAUUAUAGAGAUUAAUAGUUAGGCUCAGAAUUACUGAAAAGCCCCCUAAAGAUGAUGUUGGCAGAAGGCAGCAUGAGAUUCCUGACUGGGUGGAAUGAGUGUCCCUGCCCUCAUGAACAAAUCUGUGACAAGGCAGGGAGGAGGCUGCCUGUGGACUAGACAUCACAAUUUCAGUGUUUUUAAACUGUGUGGUAUCUUUAAUCCCCCACCUAAUGGCUCACAUUGUCCUGCUCCUGGGAGGGAUCCUGAAGAGUAAGAGCUGCUGAUUUCAAAUUCGGAGGUUCAUCUUGGCCCUAAUGUUACUCUAAAGAUGGAACUAUGUCUCUAUUUGCUUACUAAAUUACCUGGUGUAGACGGACUCCUCUCUCAGGUUUAUACCCAAAAGGUCCACAGCAGCUCACCCUGGAGGUUGUGGGGGGCUUGUUUUGAGUGACAGUAACUUUGCCUACAAACAACCCACUUAGUCAACCCCAGUCUUCUCUCCACCACUUUUGCUCUAGAAUUUGUACUCAUGUCACAGCUUUUUAAAAGAUUGUGUCUGUAAAUAUAUAAUAUAUUUUUACAUUGUAUUCAUGCUUUGUUUGCACGCUCGGUAAGAAUUGGGUCAUGUAGCAGGAGUGUAAUUCAUGGGGCGGGUUCAUUUCCAUGUAUCCCAGUGUGUGUCUGACGUUGUAUUAACCACACUGUGUAAUUUGUAUGUGACACCAUAGUAAGAGCAGAAAUACAUGAUUCUCUUUCUCACCAAA